AUGGGUACCAGCUCAGAAGAAUGGAAGACAUCGACGAAGCGCGAUACUCUUAUUGGUAUGCAACAAGAAGUUGAUAAUCUGCUAAAAACAGCUGCACCAGAUAAUCGAAAUUUGAUCGAAAAAGAAUUGAAUGCCUUUAAGAUUCUUUUUAAACGCUAUUUGAAAGAACGAAGUUUCAUCGAUUGGGACUUAAUACAGCCACUACCUGAUAAAGCUAUAAUUUCUUAUGACCAAUUAAAAUCGGUUGAUUUGGAUGAAAAGGUUAUUGCUGAUCGUUUAAAUCAACUUGUUGUUGUUAAAUUAAAUGGUGGUUUGGGUACAUCGAUGGGUUGCAAAGGUCCAAAAUCAGUUAUUGCUGUUCGAAACGAUCUUACGUUUCUUGAUCUUACAUUACAACAAAUCCAGCAAAUAAAUCGUACUUACAACGUUAAUGUACCCCUCGUGCUUAUGAAUUCGUUUAACACUGACGAUGAUACGAAGAGACUGUUGCGUAAAUACGUAAACGUUCAUGUCGAUGUACAUUCGUUCUGCCAAUCGAGAUAUCCUAGAAUAUUCCGGGAAUCAAUGAUGCCAAUCGUUAAGAAUGUUACUGACAAUGAUACUGAAGGCUGGUAUCCUCCCGGCCAUGGUAAUUUUUAUGAAUCUUUUUACAAUUCCGGAUUGUUGGACAAAUUUUUAAAUGAAGGCAAAAAAUUCUGCUUUUUAUCAAAUAUCGACAACAUGGGAGCAACAGUUGAUCUUAACAUACUUAAUUAUAUAACGGAAGAAAAAGAUGAUGAACAACUUGAAUUUAUCAUGGAGGUUACCGACAAAACUCGAGCUGAUAUAAAGGGUGGUACACUUAUUCAGUAUGAAAAUCGCUUGAUGCUUUUGGAAAUAGCACAAGUGCCUAACGAAUAUGUGGAUGAAUUUAAAAAUGCAAUAAAGCGUGUUGUUGAAAACAAAGAAUUGGAUUUGGAAAUAAUAGUUAAUCCAAAACAUCUUGAUCGUGGUAUUGAUGUUCUUCAGCUGGAAACUGCUGCUGGUGCUGCUAUAAAAAAUUUUAGAGGAUCUCGUGGGAUCAAUGUGCCUCGUUCGCGUUUUCUUCCGGUAAAAAAAACUUCGGAUUUGUUGUUAUUGAUGUCGAACUUAUAUGAUAUAAAUAGUGGCAGUCUUACUCUCAGCAAACUUCGCUCGUUUCCUACAACACCGUUUGUUAAAUUGGGUAGCAGCUUUGAUAAGGUCAGUGAAUUUCUUAAACGAUUUCAAGGAAUCCCAGAUUUGCUUGAGCUCGACCACCUCACUGUUUCAGGCGAUGUUUGGUUUGGAAGAGAUGUGACUUUAAAAGGAACGGUAAUAAUUCUUGCAAAUCAUGGUGAUCGUAUUGAUAUUGCGCCGGGAACAAUAUUAGAAAAUAAGAUUGUUUCAGGAAAUCUAAGAAUUUUAGAUCAUUAA